AUGGAUCCAAACGAUUUGGGUGAUAUAAGUGCGGACGAAUUGUUAUCGAGUUUUACUCCAAGUUUAACUAAUGAUCAAUAUGAAAACAAUGUAUUAAAUAUUAUUCAAUCAGAUAAUAUUCAAAAAAUACAAGAAAAUACAAAUUGUACAAUAAGUUUGAUAAAUCAACAACAAGUUGAAUUAAUAAAUAGUGAUCGUUUAUCAAUGAGUUCAACUUCUUUCGAUAUGGAUUUAUAUGAUACUGAUAAAGGUUCUCAACAAAUAUCGUUAAAUACUGAUAUGACAAUAAAUGAUGAACAAAAUUUCGAUAGUACAAAUACAACUAAUGAUACAAGUCAAAAUUAUCAAAUUUUACAAACAUUAACAACAGGUGAACAACAAAUAACUGCAUAUGAUUAUUGUUGUCAGAUGUUAGAGAAAUUGACUCUGGCUGUUAAUACACUGAAACCAGUUUUAGUAGAUUUGGCUAUUCCUAGUGCAAUCGGAGAUUCUUAUUUGAAAACAUUUGAAAUUCCUUCACCUCAUGAUGUUAAUAUAACAACUCAGGAACCAUUGAAAAUAUUAUCGAAUCUUUUUCAAAUGACAAUUAAUACAUUACCAUCUUUUCGUCAAAAAGAUAAUACAAAUGAUUGUAAUAAUACAAUUCCCAUAGGACAAGAAUUAAAUGAAACAUCUGAAAAAACAAUUGCUGCACCAAGUGAACAAAAUGGAUGUCAUUUGAAUCAAGAAAUUCAAGCAGUAAUACAAUCAAAUUUUUUAACAUCAUCUAUUCCAAAAGAUAUUUUUCCAAUUAUAUCUUUAUCAGAAUUAUUAUCACAAGCUCAAAAAUGUAUUCAAGAAAUAAAAUUAGUUGAAUUAAAAAUUUCUGAACAACCACAAGAAUUUUGGAAAAAACGUUCUAUUAAUUGUUUAAAAAAUAAAUGGUGUCCAGCUAUUCAAGGACGAAGUGGCAAACAACGACGUUAUAUUGGCAUAAAAUGGUCAAAAUCAAUUAAUUACAAUCCAAAUGAUUUGUUUAUCUUUGUUCAAUUAUUAUCUUAUGACAAUCAAUCACAUUUAUCAAAAGUCUUAGUACCACCGGAAACAAUAGUUCAAAAAUUAAAAUUAUUAGGAAAAAAACAGAAAAAUGGGAGUAGACGCCUAAUACUUAGUGAUUUGAUUAUUAAAGAUAUAUAUGGAUUUGAUAAAAAAAAUAAUGCUAUCCUUUGUCCCAUAACUGAAGAUGAAUAUCAUCAAUGUAAAAAAAAUUUAAAAGUACUUAUGUUUAAUUUAUAUAAAACAAAUGAAGAAAUUGAUAACUCAAAUGACAAUAAUGAAAUAGAUAAAGAUGAAGAUAAUGAAAUAUCUGAAUAUGAAGACGAAGAUACUUCUAUUGAAAAUCAAUUACAUAAAUUAUGCAAACUUCGUAUUUGUCUAUGUCGACGAACCGAUAAAAAUAAAUUAGAAUUUAUAUCGAAUUUCGUUGAUACAGACAUGAUCGAAGAAAGUAAAGGUAACAAAGCAUUAGCUAUUAAUUCAUCUAAAGUAACUCCAAAACAACUUUGCAAAUGUGGUAAUGAAAUAAUUACUAUACCAUUGAAUACUGAUAGUGAAAAAAAUGGUUUUAUUGUACAUUUAAAUGAAACUAAAUUAAAAUCUUCUGAAAUUCAUGGAGUUAAGGAUAAACAAAUUUUUUUCAAUUCAAUUCCAUAUAUACAAUGUAAAGAAAAUUCUCUACAUGUAGUAGUUUCGAAAAAAAGUAUCUUAAAAACAAUUCAACAACAUCAUAAUCCAUAUGAUGGUCUUGAUGAAAAUAUUCUUUUAGAUUGUUCGAUUAGUUACGUAGAUAUUAGUGAUAAUCUACAUGAUCAUAAAAUGAUUGAUACAAAACUUUCGAUGCAAACAAAUGAAAUCAACCGAAAAGAUAAAUAA